UGGGGACGGUGUACGUGCAAAAUCAGCGAGGGCUCGUGGAGGCAGCAGUGUUUGCGUAUCUUGAUGACGUAGACGUGGCGUGGGCUAUUCGGAAAAGCCAAGAAAACGAUUGGGCUUUUAUUUAAUUGACAGUAAACAAACGAAACGACAAGCUUGGAUUAUCCCGUCCGCUGUUUUAUACUGUUUGAUCGACAAGCAUGUCAUCUGCACUUCGGCAGUGUAUUCAGGCCCGCACCCAGUUAGAGGAGGCCAUUACUGGAGUCAUCAAAGCUGAAGUUCAGCUCAAGAGCAAUGCCAGAGAGGUGAGGUCUCAGCUUCACAGCUGCAUCAGUAGACACCUGGAGAUCCUGCGCUCUCGUGAGGUUUGGCUGCUGGAGCAGAUCGAUCUGGAGGAGCAGCUCAAGGGAGAAGCUUUACAGCAACAACUGCAGCAUCUUCACUUGCUUAAGGGCCAGUUUGACGUCCUCAUUCAUCAGAUGGAAUAUUCUUGUAAUAACAAUCCUGCCACCGAGCUCACCAACUGCCUGGAAAAGCUUACUUCUCUGAAUCUAACUCCUGAUGAAACCCCAGAGAUGAGCUUCCAAGCAGACACCUGCACCUUGCGCAAGGCCAUCACUACUUUUGGGUCCAUUUGCACACAGAGCGAGAUGUGUCAGGCCUCAAAGUCUUCAGAGAGAUCAUGGCUUUUCCAGGACUGCCCAGUUUCUGUUAAAAGACAGAAAGUAGAUGCUGAAUGUGCCACGUCCCUGGCUGAGUGGCUUUUAGGGAACCACCCAGUAACCAGUGCUCCUGUAGGACACCAGUUUAGUAAAAACCUUCAGGACUGGCUGCUUACGUCCAAGAGCUCUCAGGAGGAUCACCAGUUACCCCCCUUUGACUUUGAGAAAGCUUGGGGUCAGCUCCAAGACUUGGAGUCAUGGCUUUUGAAGGAGAAAUUGCCCGUUCGCGAGCGAACCUGCAGUGGCAGCUCAACUUUCUCUAUAGAGAUGAUCGAGGAAAGCGACUUAAAUCUGGAUGAGGUUGAAGAGGAAAUCCAGCAGGAAAAGGGCGGAGACGUCCCAGAGGAAGAGGAAUUCACCAAAUGGCUCAUCAGCCCAAGCCCAAGUAAACAACAGGAAUUCUCAAAUGAUGAUCAAUUCAAUGAUAUUAUCAAACCUUUCUACGAGAGCUUUUCCUCCAGCGAUUGGCUCCAGAAGACCGACUGUAGCUCCUGCUGCUCCACACGUACUGCAGCCAUGGAAAUCGAGAACCUCGGAAACCUCAAGUGCCUAAAGAUGCCUCCCUCCUCUGCCAGCACCCCAGAACCGAUCGAGAUGUGGCUCCAGAAGACCAUCCCACUUGAGACCAACUGCAAAGCCAACGAGACCUGUGCCAGCUACGCUCAAUGUGUGUGUGAUGACAACUGCGGAAAGGAGGCCCUAAGCGCUUGGCUCCUCAAAAAAGAGGGCCGAGAUAAGAACGGUGUACCCGUCGAUAAGAACGCCACGAGCAAAGUUUUCAGCCACCAUCAGGAGCAGCAGCAAAAGGUUCAGGCCAUCCUAGAGGCCUGGCUACACCCAAGCAUCAGUGCCAAGACUCCUGCCCUACCGCUCCUUUCUGCCUGUACUACUUUGAAUGGCAAAUCCUCAUUUCCUGAAAACACCUCAACACAGCCUUUACAGAAUGAGAACUGGCUUCUGCCAGAGAAGAAACACAUUAGCAAUACUACAGAUAUAACAAGCAAGACAGAGAGCGAGGACGGCAAAGAUGGAAAAGAGGACAAAUGGCUUCUACGCAAGCGGGCCAACGCACAGGAAAGACUUGCUAUGCCUACAGUAUGUGACCUAUUUUCUUGUAUGAAGCUUGGUGGGGAUAAAGAGAAGUGGCUACAUCAAGUAGCUACACAGAUGUGAACACACAUUUGCUUUUUAAGGCUUCCCAGAUCUAUUUAAUGGCUGAUCGUUGCACAUUAUUCAUCUUUUUAGGCAUUUUAUCUUUUUUCUUGAGACUGAUAGAGUGAUGUGGACUAGAGGUCUUGUCUAGUAUACAAGGCGUUUGGGACAACCAUCGCUUAAGAAAGAAACGAAAGAGUUUUUAAUGCAGGGGGAUUUCAGUUUAAUUCCAGUGAUGCUGUGGUGACCAUUGUGUUGUUACAAUUCACUGAUGUGAUUUAGAAAUCAUAAAAUGGACCAGAUUGGAUUUUCUUUCUUUAUUAUGGGACAUGGUGGGAUGGGGGCUUGGGAGGAAAUAAAAAUAAAUCUAUAUUUUAAUCACGCACAUUUAUAGCAGUUUUUUCAUGUUUAAAACUUGCCAAAUGCACAUAUAGAGGAAGAUGCUCCAAGCAUGGAGUGCUUUCCUCCACAGACCGUAACACCUCUGAAAAUAUGAAUAUUUAUAUAGAGUUUUGCUGUUUUCCUUUGCAAUUUAUUUUACUUGGAUUCAUGCAAUGCAUACCAGAUAAGUAUAGCAUAACAUGCAGCUGUCAGUGGCACUAACAUCCAAAUGUGUGCAGUAGAUUCGAGCAGGGAAUAGAACGUUUCUGCUAAAUCUGCUUUUAAAACAUCAUUCUAUGAUAACUUGUGCCUGACAUUGAACGUGUAGCAUCUUCACUUAUAGUAUGCAAGAAUAACUAAUCCUAGUUUGCCCGUUUCUGAUGCAUAAUGGGCAUCCUAUGUAUGUGUUUCAGUGUUAGGCUCAAACUUCAUCAUUAUUAUAGUCAUAAUUCAUUACUUGGAUGUGUCAGCUCUGCUCUGUUCACAUGUCAUGCACUUAAUGUCUUUACACUUAAGAAGCAAAGACUGCAGGAGAAUAUAUAAAGCCGUAUUAAAGAUUUAACACUUUGUGCUUUUUGCUGACAGAAAAUGGCAAAACCUCUGUUUGUCAACUUGUGUACCAAUCUUUCACUUAGUGAUGGACCAAGGAUUUGGUAUAUAAUGCAUAUUAACAAUGAAAACAUAUGGAAAUCAUCUGCACAAUGUUUUGCAAAGUUAAUUUUGUGUUUUCUUUUGCCAGCCUGUCAAUGUUAGACUACAGCACUGGCUACAUGUAUUCUCAUACAAUCUACAAUAUUGCUUACAGGAUCUGUCUAAUGCUCUGUUAACUUCAAUAAAAUUUCCUUUUAAAGUGA